UUUCUGGGGAACCCUAUCUAAGUUAAUAGGCUAUGCGUCCCAGCGCCAGCAACGUUUCCAAUGAUCUUUCUUGAAUAAUGGUAUCAUAUUGUACAGCUACUGCUGAACAUAACCGUUAAAAUUUUAGGUAGAUUUCGAUUUAUGUCCACUCCCAGCUGCAAAAUUGGAAGAAGAAGGGAGGAUGAAUCAGUUCUUUUAUUGUGUUUGUUGUCAAAGUUAUGAGCCCUGCAAGACGAUUAAGUGGAGAUAAUUGGAGAAUAUUUGAGUCUUGGAAGAAAGAAAGAGAUAACUUAAAGGAAUUCCAGGAACAGUAUGUCAUGCCUCACACUAAAGCGGACGACGAAGAAGCUCAUGGCAUGACCUCAUAUGACUUGCAUGAUAGCGAUUCUAUGAUAUCAUGUGGACAUACAGCUUGUCAUCAUUUAACCUUGUGUGACGACGAAUCAGUAUCAAAAUACGAAUCGUGUUUGGAUACAGCAAGAUCUUCUCUUCCCGUUAUUCGGCAAGAGGAAGAGGAAGAAGUACAAGGGGAGGAAGAGGAAUUUCAAGUCAAUGGCAUUGAUUAUCAUAGAGAGACUUCGUUGAUGCGUCACUGGUUUGGGCAGCGAAAUAAAUUUGCUGAAGAAAUACCUGAAAAGGAAGGCGAGUCAAAUAAAAUUCUGAAAAAUGAGCAAGAUGGAACUACCCCAGCCAGCAAUGAAUUUCAAACGCAGGGCUUUGGUUCUGAUGAAAUGAAUUCAACGUGGACUGCUGCUGUUUGCUGCCUUCUUGCCAUCGAGCCAUUUCAAAAAUAUUUCAGAGGUAUUAUCUACCAUGAAGCAAAUGGAGAAAAUGUAGACUACCAGCAAAGCAACACGACUCUAGAAUAUGUCAUAAAGGUUUUCAGAAAGACGCGAAGGUUGCAAGAGAAUGAGUUGUUAGAAGAAAUCUUGAGAUUGGCUGCUGAAUUCUCACUUGAAUUGCAAAUUGCAGAGACCUGCUUUGAGACUUUGAAAGGAAUGCUUGGCAAGCUCCACGAGGAAAUCAUUCUUGCCAAAAAUCUUGGCAACCUGAAGCGAACUUGUCUCAGAAAAUGCAGACAAUCAAAUCGAAGCAACCACUCAAUUAUCAGUCACUUGUUUCGAGGACAUCUUAAGAGAAAGGACCUGUGCCCCUGUGGAUAUCAGAAUAUUUCCCAUGAUCCUUUUACAUCAAUACCACUCUUUUCAUCGGCAUUGGAUGAGAAAACUCUAGUGAUUCCAGUCAACUUAAGAGCUAAAGACAAAAGGCUAACAACUGUCAGGCAAGGAUCAGAUUUAUUGCUAGUUUAUUAA